GCCCCGAAGUCAACAACAGUCUUGGAGCUCCAAGGUCUAGAAAUAACCUUACUACAACGACGUUGUCAGGUUUCCUUGUCCUAAAGUCGGCGAUGGAUGCCAUAAGGUCGGCUGGAAGAGCUAUCAUUCGAAGUCCAAUUAUAGCGAAACGGUCUUGGAAUACCGGCAAACAUAAAAAACUUCCUGAGAACUGGACUGACAUAACAGAGACUGUUGUAGAUGGCAUGACCUUUAACCUCCGUCACCUAGGCAUGACCCUGGUGGAUCAGCCCAAAGGAGAGGACCUAUCAGCAGCUGCCGUCAAGAGGAUUGUUGCCACGGCCAAAGCGGGAGGCCAGAAGCCUCAGAAGAUGUCUCUAAAGGUUUCUCCUCAGGGUUUAAUGCUGUACGACAGUCUAACCAACCAGCUACUAGACAACAUCUCCAUAUACAGGAUAUCCUACUGCACGGCGGACAAGCUGCACGACAAGGUGUUUGCCUACAUUUCCCAGAACCCCCUCAACGGAACACUGGAGUGCCACGCCUACCUCUGCCCCAAGAGGAAAGUGGCCCAGGCAGUGACCCUGACUGUAGCACAGGCCUUUAGACUGGCCUUUGAGUUGUGGCAGGUUGCUAAGGAAGAGGAAGAGGAGAAGAUGAAGUCCAGCUCGGCUGGAGAAGCAACCAACAGGUCCCAGUCAGAAAGAUCAAACAGCCUACCCAGUCUCAAAGGAGGAAAUGUUGCCACUGGUAACCUACUGGACCUGGAGGAACUGACUCAUGUUGCCGUGGUUCUGGAAACCAAUGGCAACGAGGAGUUCAAGGUGGACAACCACACUGCUCCCGAUAACAACAACACUGUCUGGGAAAUUGAGGAAGACUUGGAUGAGGCUUUUUCUAGCCCCAGGCUGAAUACCUAUGAGUCGUCUCCAGACUGGCGGUAUCCCGUACUAACCCCCAGGUCUUGGACAUUGGGGUGACCCCCCAGGAUUGGCUGAUAGAACCUGACUGGGCCAAUGGGAACACACCCAACAAGAACAGGACCAAUAAGAACACAUCAAACAAUAAUAUCACCAAUGGGAACGACUUCUUUGGCUUCUGAUCGACCACCAGAGGGCGACCAAGAGGCACAGCCUUUUGAGUCUUUGGCCCAAUCCCAAAUCAACCGCUAGGCCCUAUGCUGGAACUAUACUAUAUUGUGUGCACCUGUCAAGUCCUCUCAGAUCUCCACCAGGACACAGGGUCUAGGGGUCGGUCGAUUUGGGAUUGGGCCAUAGAAGAGUUGCCUUUGGUUCCAUUCCAAACCGAUCCCUUGCCUCUGUCCUUGUUCUUUAGUUGACUCCCUCCCCCUUAUAGAUCUGAAAGGACUGAAUAGGGUCAGAGCUUUGGUUGAGAUUCUAUCAUAUUGUAGAUAUUACAUGGGGUCGCCAGGAAGAGUCUAUGGGUAGACGCUAGGGAUUAUGGGUAGACGCUAGGGAUUAUGGGUAGACGCUAGGGAUUAUGGGUAGGGGAUUUAGGGUAGACGCUAGGGAUUAUGGGUAGACGCUAGGGAUUAUAGGUAGACGCUAGGGAUUAUGGGUAGACGCUAGGGAUUAUGGGUAGACGCUAGGGAUUAUGGGUAGACGCUAGGGAUUAUGGGUAGACGCUAGGGAUUAUGGGUAGAUGCUAGGGAUUAUGGGUAGACGCUAGGGAUUAUAGGUAGGGGAUUACGGGUAGACGCUAGGGAUUAUGGGUAGACGCUAGGGAUUAUGGGUAGACGCUAGGGAUUAUAGGUAGACGCUAGGGAUUAUGGGUAGACGCUAGGGAUUAUGGGUAGACGCUAGGGAUUAUAGGUAGGGGAUUACGGGUAGACGCUAGGGAUUAUGGGUAGACGCUAGGGAUUAUGGGUAGACGCUAGGGAUUAUAGGUAGACGCUAGGGAUUAUGGGUAGACGCUAGGGAUUAUGGGUAGACGCUAGGGAUUAUGGGUAGACGCUAGGGAUUAUAGGUAGGGGAUUACGGGUAGACGCUAGGGAUUAUGGGUAGACGCUAGGGAUUAUGGGUAGACGCUAGGGAUUUGAUUUGGUACCCUAUAUAUUUUUAUAAACUGGGUGCUUCAAGCCCUGAAUGCUGAUUGGCUGAAAGCCGUGGUAUAUCAGACCAUAUACCACGGGUUUAACAAAACAUGUAUUUUUACUGCUCUAAUUAUGUUGGUAACCAGUUUUUUAAUAGCAAUAAGGCACCUCAGGGGUUUUGUGAUAUAUGGCCAAUAUACCACGGCUAAGGGCUGUAUACAGGCACUCCAAAUUGCGUCGCGUACAUAAGAACAGCCCUUCGCCGUGGUAUAUUGGCCAUAUAUUUCCCCCCCCCCCCUUGGCCUUAUUGCUCAAAUAUACCGCUCUGUUUGUUAGCCUACAUUGUUUGGUUUACUUUGUUCUUUCAUUUACUGUAGUAGUAGAUAGUAGUACUAUUUGGACUCUAAUCAGUAUUAUUUUUUCUAUGUGUGUGUAUCUUGCGUUGGUUAUAAACAUGCAUCAUGAGAUGUGUGAUUGUCAGAUGUAUAUUUAAGCCAUAAGGCCAGAGGAGGUGUGGUAUAUGCCCAAUAUAACACGUCUAAGGGCUGUUCUUAGGCACGAUGUGACGCGGAGUGCCUGGACACAGCCGUGGUAUAGAGUCUGAUAUACCACGGCUGUCAGCCAAUCAGCGUUCAGAGCUCGAGCCACACAGUUUUGAGAUUUGGAGUUAAACCAGUCUUCAUCUGUCACAGUAAAUAUUUUUAUAUAUAAGAUAUAUAUAUAGUAUUGAACAUAAAUACUCUCUGUACCAUAAAGACCAAGCAAGACAAUACAUUUAGGUACUCCUUACGUUCUGUGGUUAUAUUGGGCAUGCAUUCUUUUACAUACUAGAGUCUGGUUCAGUUAUGAAACAGGAGAAAGCACUUCUGAAAAAGAGGUACUCCCUGAAUUUCUUUCCAACUUGUUCGAAAACUAUUUCUUCUGUUUUGUGCCUGCCUACUUAACGUGACCCAGGAAAGUGAUGUACUGUAGUAAAUUCCUUUCUGACCUUAUGUCCAAUGGACCAAUGCCCCAUGUAAUACUGUGCACCAGCUGAACUUUAAAUCAAUAAAAAAAUGUUUUAUGUUUAUGAAAUUAA